UAUGCAUUGUCAGGAUAAUUUUGACCCAAAGAGAGAGUGAGAGUGACUUGGCGGGGGGCUUAUUGAAGAAUUAUUGAGAAUGCGAAUUGCUGCUUUUGAUAACCAACGUUUUCCUUUUUUGUCGUGAGAAUUGUCUUGGGUCGUGCACAACACAUUUAAAAGAUAGCUUUGUCAGGUUUUUCACCAAACCUAUACGCCUAUACACCUGGGUCAGUUCGGUUGUAUUUUUGCCUGACCAUGGCCUGAUUAACACAUUUUAGCCGGUCGCAGAAGUUAAAAACGCCCCACUCUUAUGCUAACUCCAAAAAACAGCGGUUUCACUUUUGGGCUUCAUAUCGCUGCUUUAACCAGUUUUGAAAGCAACCAACUUGCAUGUGCCACUAUCAGAUUUCGACGAACAUGUACGGUCAUACCAGCUGGUUGUGCGUGUGAGCCUGGUUGCUUAUUCUUGCGUAGUGAAAAAAAUCAAUUUGUAAAAACAUUCCAAUAUUCGUUAUGACACGAAGAGUGAAAACACGUUGCUGCGGUCUUUCCCUACAAGUGGGAACGAAAAUCAUAGGUUUUUUUUCGUUGGUUGGCUACUUGAUUCAACUUGUCAUUAGUAUGAUGCAAUCAAGUGGUUUGGAUUUGGAAGACGCUUCACUAGAUGCUGCUGAGAUUUUCAUCAUCAUUUCCAGCGUGAUUGUUAGCUCUGCCCUUCUAGCAUGUUGCGUGUUACUGCUACAAGUGGUUUUCAGCAACAGUCGUCCCGUCUUGCUGGUACCGUGGCUCGUGGGCGACAUGAUAAUGAGAUCCAUACAUGUCAUUAUCCUAAUCUCUGGCAUUAUGCUAGCAAUCAAUUCCAACAUCGCUCACGGAGUUUCUACCGUCUUCAUCAUGUCGUGCUUUAUUGGAUUGGAAACUUAUUUGUGGUGGAUCGUCUUGUGUUACUAUCGAGAGCUUAGACACCACGAAUCGACCUGCAAAGGUGCAACAACAGCCGAAUUGGUUGCCAUGUAAAUGAAGAGCUUUCAGUUAACUGAACAUAAAAGGUAUUUCUUUCGAAAUCAAAAAUUCCACUAAGUCUGUAAUCAAGUGAUCGAUAUUUAAACUUUACUUGCGCGCAA